GGCCGCUUAGAUCGUGCCGCAAGCAGUAGUUCGUCCGUCGCCGAAAUCCCCAAAGAACGCAUACGAAACUGACGACAUCGACGUGUAGCUAUAACGCAGCAUAUAGCUGAAAAAAAAAACAAAAAAACACAAACCGAAUAAUCUGAAGAAAAGUAAAUAAACAGGAGCGAAGCAACGUAAAUCCGUUCGACAUGCCGAAGCCCGUAGCCCAAGUAGGGGAGGACCCCGAUCCAACCCCCUAUCUCUUCGUAACUCUUGAGCAGAAGAGAAUCGAUCAGAGCAAGCCUUACGAUGGCAAGAAAGCUUGCUGGGUUCCUGACGAGAAAGAAGGUUACCUUCUUGGUGAAAUCAAAGCCACCAAGGGCGAUAUCGUCACCGUUGGCCUUCCUGGUGGGGAGUCAAAGGACUUCAAAAAGGACCAGCUGCAGCAGGUCAACCCCCCGAAAUAUGAGAAAGCCGAGGACAUGUCCAACUUGACCUAUCUCAACGAUGCUUCAGUUCUCCACAACUUGAAGCAACGUUACUACCACAAGCUUAUUUACACCUACUCUGGCUUGUUCUGCGUGGCAAUCAAUCCUUACAAGAGAUACCCCGUGUACACCAUGCGUUGUGCGAAGCUCUACCGUGGUAAGAGGCGUUCCGAGGUGCCGCCGCACAUUUUCGCCAUCUCUGACGGAGCCUACGUGAACAUGUUGACGAACUCGGAGAACCAGUCCAUGUUGAUCACCGGUGAGUCCGGAGCCGGAAAGACUGAGAACACGAAGAAGGUAAUCGCGUACUUCGCGACCGUCGGUGCCUCGACGAAGAAGGCUGACGACAGUUCAGCGAAGAAGGGAUCUCUCGAGGACCAGGUCGUACAGACGAAUCCGGUACUCGAAGCGUUCGGUAACGCCAAGACCGUCCGUAACGACAACUCUUCUCGUUUCGGUAAAUUCAUCCGUAUCCACUUCGGCCCCUCCGGAAAAUUGGCCGGUGCUGACAUCGAGACUUAUCUGCUGGAGAAAGCUCGCGUCAUUUCGCAGCAAGCUCUGGAGCGGUCUUACCACAUUUUCUACCAGAUGAUGUCCGGCUCCGUCAAAGGAUUGAAAGAAAUGUGCAAUCUCUCGAACAACAUCAUGGACUACUAUUUCGUCGCUCAGGGAAAAACCACCAUUCCUGGUGUCGAUGACGGAGAGGAAUGCGUGCUUACCGAUCAAGCCUUCGACGUUCUCGGCUUCACCCAAGAGGAAAAGGACGACAUUUACAAGAUCACCGCCGCUGUCAUGCACAUGGGAGGCAUGAAAUUCAAGCAGAGAGGUCGCGAGGAACAGGCUGAGGCCGACGGUACCGAGGAAGGUGAGCGUGUCGCUAAGCUCCUCGGUGUCGACUGCGCCGACAUGUACAAGAAUUUGCUGAAGCCGAGGAUCAAGGUCGGUAACGAGUUCGUGACCCAAGGUCGUAACAAAGACCAGGUCUCCAACUCGGUCGGUGCCAUGUGCAAAGCCAUGUUCGAUCGUAUCUUCAAGUGGCUGGUGAAGAAGUGUAACGAAACUUUAGACACCAAGCAAAAGCGUCAGCACUUCAUUGGUGUACUGGAUAUCGCUGGUUUCGAAAUUUUCGACUACAACGGUUUUGAGCAACUCUGUAUCAACUUCACCAACGAGAAGCUCCAGCAAUUCUUCAACCAUCACAUGUUCGUACUCGAGCAAGAGGAGUAUAAGAAAGAGGGAAUCAAUUGGGCGUUCAUUGAUUUCGGAAUGGAUUUGCUCGCUUGUAUCGAGCUCAUCGAAAAGCCCAUGGGUAUCCUCUCGAUCCUUGAGGAAGAGUCUAUGUUCCCGAAAGCCACGGACAAGACCUUCGAGGAGAAAUUGAACAACAACCAUUUGGGCAAGAGUCCGAACUUCCUCAAGCCGAAACCGCCGAAGCCCGGUCAAAUCGCGGCUCACUUCGCCAUCGGCCAUUACGCUGGCAACGUACCCUACAACAUCACCGGAUGGUUGGAAAAGAACAAGGAUCCGCUGAACGACACCGUCGUCGACCAGUUCAAGAAAUCGAGCAACAAACUCUUGGUCGAAAUCUUCGCCGACCAUCCCGGACAAUCUGGCGGCGGCGGCGCCGACAAGGGACGUAAGAAGGGCGGUGGUUUCUCCACCGUGUCCUCCUCCUACAAGGAGCAGUUGAACAACUUGAUGACAACUUUGAGAGCGACUCAGCCUCACUUCGUGCGUUGUAUCAUCCCCAACGAAAUGAAACAGCCCGGAGUCAUCGACUCCCACUUGGUGAUGCAUCAGCUCACCUGUAACGGUGUGCUUGAAGGCAUCCGUAUUUGUCGUAAGGGAUUCCCCAACAGGAUGAACUAUCCUGACUUCAAACUGCGGUACAAGAUCCUGGCGCCUGCUGCCGUCGAUGCCCUUGGCGGAGAUCCGAAGAAGGCCGCUGGAGCUGUCCUGGAAGCCUCAGGCCUCGACCCUGAACAAUACCGCCUUGGACACACCAAGGUAUUCUUCCGAGCCGGAGUGCUGGGUCAAAUGGAAGAAUUCCGUGACGAGCGUCUGAGCAAAAUUGUGUCUUGGAUGCAAGCGUUCAUCCGAGCCUACAUCGCCCGCAAGGACUUCAAGGCCCUCCAGGAACAGCGUCUGGCGCUCCAAGUCGUCCAAAGAAAUCUCCGCAGAUACCUCAAGCUUCGUACCUGGCCGUGGUGGAAACUGUGGUCCAAAGUCCGACCUCUUCUCAACGCUAGUCGCAUCGAGGAUGAGCUGGCUGAACUUCAAGAACGCGCUCGCGCCGCUCAAGAAGCCUUCGAACGGGAAGAAAAAAUGCGCAAGGAGCUCGAAGUUCUCAACAGCAAACUGCUCGCCGAGAAAACCGACCUCCUCAACCAACUCGCCGGAGAAGCUGGAUCCCUCCAGGAGUACCAAGAAAAAUCCGUCAAAUUGGCCGCCCAGAAAAUGGAUCUCGAGUCACAAUUGUCGGACAUCUCCGACAGACUCCAACAAGAGGAAGACGCGCGCAACAAUCUCUUCCAGAACAAAAAGAAAUUGGAACAGGAAGUAUCGGGACUGAAGAAAGACAUCGAGGACCUCGAACUCGCGAUCCAGAAAUCCGAACAAGACAAAUCCUCGAAAGACCACCAAAUCCGCAACCUCAACGACGAAAUCGCCCACCAGGAUGAACUCAUCAACAAACUCAACAAGGAGAAGAAGAACCAGGGCGAAGUCAACCAGAAAACAGCUGAGGAACUUCAAGCCGCCGAAGACAAGGUCAACCACCUGAACAAGGUUAAGGUUAAGCUCGAACACACUCUUGAUGAACUCGAGGACUCCCUCGAGCGCGAGAAGAAACUCCGUGCUGACGUCGAGAAGGGCAAGAGGAAGACGGAAGGAGACCUCAAGCUCACCCAAGAGGCUGUCGCCGAUCUCGAGAGGAACAAGAAGGAACUCGAGCAAACGAUUCAGCGCAAGGACAAGGAACUCUCGUCCCUCACUGCCAAACUCGAAGACGAGCAAUCCCUGGUUGGCAAACUCCAGAAACAGAUCAAGGAACUCCAGGCCCGUAUCGAGGAGCUCGAAGAGGAAGUCGAAGCCGAACGUCAAGCCCGCGCCAAGGCCGAGAAGCAACGCAGCGAUCUUGCCCGCGAGCUCGAGGAAUUGGGCGAGCGUUUGGAGGAAGCUGGCGGUGCCACCUCCGCUCAAAUCGAACUCAACAAGAAGAGAGAAGCCGAACUGAGCAAACUCCGCAGAGAUCUUGAGGAAGCCAACAUCCAACACGAGGCAUCCCUUUCCAGUCUUCGCAAGAAGCACAACGAUGCUGUCGCCGAAAUGGGAGAGCAAAUUGAUACCCUCAACAAACUCAAGGCCCGAAUUGAAAAGGAAAAAGUUCAGUACUUUAGCGAAUUGAACGACCUCCGCGCUUCCGUUGACCACUUGAGCAACGAAAAGGCGGCUCAAGAAAAGAUAGCGAAACAACUGCAGCACCAAUUGAACGAGACCCAAGGAAAGCUGGAGGAGCUGAACCGCACGGUGAACGAUUUCGAUGCCGCGAAGAAGAAACUGUCGAUCGAGAACAGCGACCUGCUCAGGCAGUUGGAAGAGGCUGAGUCGCAGGUGAAUCAAUUGUCGAAGAUCAAGAUAUCGCUGACGACGCAAUUGGAGGACACGAAGAGAUUGGCCGACGAGGAAGGUCGCGAGCGUGCCACUCUCCUCGGCAAGUUCCGCAACCUCGAGCACGACUUGGACAACAUCCGCGAGCAGGUUGAGGAAGAGGCGGAAGGCAAGGCCGACCUGCAGAGGCAGUUGAGCAAAGCGAACGCCGAGGCUCAAUUGUGGCGCACCAAAUACGAAUCCGAGGGCGUUGCGCGUGCCGAAGAGCUCGAGGAGGCUAAACGCAAGCUCCAGGCUCGCUUGGCCGAGGCUGAAGAAACGAUCGAAUCCCUCAACCAGAAAGUCAUCGCUCUUGAAAAAACGAAACAACGACUCGCCACCGAAGUCGAAGACUUGCAAAUCGAAGUCGACAGAGCCACUGCCAUCGCCAAUGCCGCUGAAAAGAAACAGAAGGCCUUUGACAAGAUCAUUGGCGAAUGGAAGCUCAAGGUUGACGACCUCGCUGCCGAACUCGACGCGAGCCAGAAAGAAUGCCGCAACUACAGCACCGAACUCUUCAGGCUCAAGGGUGCCUACGAAGAGAGCCAAGAGCAGCUGGAAGCUGUUCGUCGUGAGAACAAGAACCUCGCUGACGAAGUCAAGGACCUCCUCGACCAGAUCGGCGAAGGUGGCCGCAACAUCCACGAGGUCGAGAAGGCGCGCAAACGCUUGGAAGCUGAAAAGGACGAACUCCAAGCUGCCCUCGAAGAGGCUGAGGCUGCUCUCGAACAGGAAGAGAACAAGGUUCUUCGCAGCCAGUUGGAGCUCAGCCAGGUCAGACAGGAAAUCGACCGACGCAUCCAGGAGAAAGAGGAGGAAUUCGAAAACACGAGAAAGAACCACCAGCGCGCACUCGACUCGAUGCAAGCUUCCCUCGAGGCCGAAGCUAAGGGCAAGGCUGAGGCGCUGCGCAUGAAGAAGAAACUCGAGGCCGACAUCAACGAGCUUGAAAUCGCUCUGGACCACGCCAACAAAGCGAACGCCGAAGCACAGAAGAACAUCAAGAGAUACCAGCAGCAACUCAAGGACGUACAAACCGCUCUUGAGGAGGAGCAACGCGCCCGUGACGAGGCCCGUGAACUUCUUGGAAUUUCGGAACGUCGUGCCAACGCUCUGCAAAACGAACUCGAGGAGAGCCGCACCCUUUUGGAACAAGCGGACCGCGGUCGUCGUCAAGCCGAACAAGAGUUGGCCGAUGCCCACGAACAGCUCAAUGACAUCGCGGCGCAAAACGCUUCGAUCUCUGCCGCCAAGAGGAAAUUGGAAGCUGAGCUUCAAACUCUCCACUCCGAUCUUGACGAGCUUCUCAACGAAGCCAAGAAUUCCGAAGAGAAGGCCAAGAAGGCAAUGGUCGACGCUGCCAGACUCGCGGACGAGCUCAGAGCCGAACAGGACCACGCUCAGACGCAAGAGAAAUUGCGCAAGGCCCUCGAAGCCCAAAUUAAGGAACUCCAGGUACGACUCGACGAGGCGGAAGCCAACGCGCUCAAGGGAGGCAAGAAAGCGAUCCAGAAAUUGGAGCAGCGAGUACGCGAACUCGAGAACGAGUUGGACGGUGAGCAGAGGAGACACGCCGACGCCCAGAAGAACCUCCGCAAAGCCGAGCGUCGUAUCAAGGAGCUUAGUUUCCAGGCUGACGAGGACCGCAAAAACCACGAGCGCAUGCAAGACCUCGUUGACAAAUUGCAACAGAAAAUCAAAACGUACAAGAGACAAAUUGAAGAGGCGGAAGAAAUCGCUGCCCUCAAUCUUGCCAAGUUCCGCAAAGCCCAACAAGAGCUCGAGGAGGCCGAAGAGAGAGCAGAUCUCGCCGAACAAGCCAUCACGAAGUUCCGCACAAAGGGACGUGGAGGAAGCGCUGCGCGUGGUCUCAGCCCAGCGCCCCAGAAGGCUCGCAAGGCGCCCGCCAUGGAGUAACCUUCUGCACUGGUCCAUCCGCACCGACCUGCGUUCAAGCCCCAGUUUGAUGGUUCCGCAUUCCCUCCACGUUUCGACCUCCAGCCAGAAGGUGAAUUUUAAAGAUAAAAAAAUCGAAAGCACCGAAACGCACUUCGAUCAAGUCGAAAGAAUCACCGUUGAGCGAUCCUCGCAACAAAACCGUCGAUUAUUUAUUCAUACGCUCGAUCGUUUGCCCAUUUAUUCAAUGUUACGUUGAAAAAAGAAAAAAAAAUGGGGGUAAAAAAAACCAACAAAAAUUGUUUUUCGACAAACAAACGCCACCACCUUCGUUCAACCGAACGACAAAUAUGGGAACGAAUUUUUAUUUUGUUUUUUUUUUUUCUUUUCAUUGAACGACGAGAAAACACACAUUGACGUUUGUAUAACAAGUGUAGAAUUAAUGCUGGUCGGUCGUAAUGCAUAGAAUUUUAUUAAAACAGCAGAGGAAUCAACGAUUAAGUGAAAUUAAAUGAGAGGAACGAACACUAUAACUCGACGCGGAUACUUAAUACGUUCACUUAAGAACAGCUACCACAAAAACAACGACGAAAACAACAAGAAAGCAUCAUCAUAAAUGUAAAACUGUCAUCAAAUGCUAUCCUAUCCUAUAAAUUAAUUUAAUUUAUAAAAAAAUAAACAAAAAAAAACGAAACAUGUAUUUAUUAAAAUAAAUAAGCAAUAAAUUAA